GAGAGCUUCGUCCUCAGUCUCCGCGCUGCCGUCUGUCCCACAGCUCCGUGACCAGACCAGAGCGGCUCCGUCCCGUCCGAACACAGGCUUGUUUUCAGGCCGGCAGCAGCUUCCUUCACCAUGACUAAAGAGGAGAACGUGGAGGCGCAGGAGAAAGAGAGGCACGAGCGGGAGGAGCAGGAGGAGGGCCGGGUGCAGCGGGAGGAGGAGGAGGCGCUGACAGAGGAGGAGGAGGAAGAGGACGAGGAGGAGGAAGAAGAGGAGUAUGAGCUAGAGGAGGAGAGGGAGGGGGAGGAGAGAACGGAGGUGGAGGACGAGGAGGAGGAGCGGGAGGAGGAGGAGGGGAGGGAGGAGGAGGAAGAGGAGGCGGCGGACCCCGAGCGGGAGGUCGAGGUCGAGCCGGAGCCGCAGUCGGUGUCCGAGUACCAGAGUCCAGUUCACGAGCCGCGCCGCAGACCCAUGGUGCACCCCUCCGCCCAGGCCCCACUGCCAAAAGACUACUCCUUCACCUUCUUUGACCCGAACGACCCGGCCUGUCUGGAGAUCCUGAUGGAUCCCCGGACCACCAUCCCCGAGCUGUUCGCCAUCGUGCGUCAGUGGGUUCCACAGGUCCAGCACCGGAUCGACCUCAUUGGCAACGAGAUCCUGAAGCGUGGUUGCCAUGUGAACGACCGAGAUGGUUUGACCGACAUGACGCUGCUUCACUACAGCUGCAAAGCCGGAGCACACGGAGUCGGUGACCCUGCGGCGGCGCUGCGUCUCACCACACAGCUCAUCUCUCUGGGAGCCGAUGUGAGUCUGCGGAGCCGCUGGACCAACAUGAACGCUCUGCACUACGCCGCAUACUUUGAUGUCCCUGAACUGAUCCGAGUCCUGCUGAAAGCUGCAAAACCCAGAGUGCUGAACUCGACCUGCAGUGACUUCCACCACGGCACAGCUCUGCACAUCGCCGCCUCCAACCUCUGCCUGGGAUCAGUCAAAUGUCUGCUGGAGCACGGAGCCAACCCCACCGUCCGGAACGAUAAGGGCCAGGUUCCGGCUGAGGUUGUGCCCGACCCCAUGGACAUGAGUCUGGAUAAGGCCGAGGCCGCCAUGGUGGCUAAAGAGCUGAAGCAGCUGCUGCUGGACGCCGUGCCCCUGAGCUGCAACCUGCCCAGAGCCACGCUGCCCAACUACGACAACAUCCCGGGGAACCUGAUGCUGUCGUCGCUGGGCCUGAAGCUGGGGGAGCGUGUGGUGCUGGACGACAUGAAGCCUGGCACACUGCGGUUCUGUGGCACCACAGAGUUUGCCAGCGGUCAGUGGGUCGGCGUGGAACUCGACGAGCCAGAGGGGAAGAACGACGGCAGCGUCGGCGGUGUCCGCUACUUCAUCUGCCCUCCUAAACUAGGUAUUUUUGCGCCGGUGUCGAAGAUCUCCAAGGCGGUGGAGCAGACGCCCUCCUCGGUCACCUCCACCCCCCGGACCCCCCGCAUGGACCUGGCCUCCCGCCUCGCCGGCAAGACCCGCAAGGAGAAGAAGGAGAAGGAGAAGGAGAAGGAGAAGGAGAAGGAGCGAGCCCAGAGGAAGAAGGCGUCGGCCGCAAGCCUGGACCCGGACGUGAAGGUGGAGGUCGGCGAUCAGGUUCUGGUGGCCGGACAAAAGCAAGGCACCGUUCGCUUCUACGGCAAGACAGACUUCGCUCCAGGUUAUUGGUUCGGCAUCGAGCUGGAGCAGCCGACAGGGAAACACGACGGCUCGGUGUUUGGAGUGCGCUACUUCACCUGCCUGCCCAAAUAUGGAGUGUUUGCUCCGCCCUCCCGCGUGCAGAGAAUCGGAGGACCUAAGGACGGCUCGCAGAACGACGGCUCCAUGGUGAAGAAGGUCCACCAGGUCACCAUGUCACAGCCGAAGCGCAACUUCAACACCAUGCGUUCUCCUAAAGACCUGACGUCCGAGAGCUCCAUAUCCAGGUUGCUGUUCUGCUGCUGGUUUCCGUGGAUGCUGCGUGCGGAGAUGCAGUCCUAACCACGCCUCCGUCCUCCUCUUCCUCCUCCACUCCGCUCUUCCCCCAGAUCGGUCUCUCCACUCCUCUUUAUCUUCAUCUUUGAGUUUUGCCCCGUCUCUCUCUCUGUCUUGCUGUUGCCUCCCCCCUCUCACAGCCCAACUUCCUGUUAUUUUAUCGUUCUAUAGCAAAAUUUAUAUAUAGUGCCUUGUAUCUGAACUAAACGUCCUGCAUUCCUUUAAUGAAACUGAGAAUCAGACUAGUAUAAUUGUAAUCCAAAAUCUGGGACUCCACCCCUGCUAAAGCAAUUCCCCUAAAUAUCCUCCUGCAAUAUGCGUCAUCCUCUCAUCUCUUCGUCCCUGCUUGAUAUUUGUCCAGAAAAAAAAAAAAAACGUUUAAUUUUUGCUGCUACACGUUUUAUUUUUGCUGCUACUAGAUAUUGAUGUGUUAAGUCGUACUUUGCUGUCAUUUGGGUGAGGUUUACCACAGAGAGAGCCAGGCAGGUAUAACAUCCCAAAGGAAUGAAUUCACAGUUUAAUGGCAGACUUUUCUGUGAUUGGCUGUUUAUGCCAGGCUCAGACUACAAGAUUUUAGCCAUGAUUUGAUACAAACUUUUUAGACAAGGGAACACAUCAGAGACAAAUCUCUGCUCGUGUCCGUCACCGAGGCUCCAGGCUGGGGGUCGUCUGAAGCUGUGAGACAGAGCGGUCGACGUCGGGCCCCUGGAAAGGCACUGAGCAUCAGCCAAUCAGAGUGUGAGAGGAGGCUGACGCAAAGGUAAAGGACUUUAUUUACCUGGCAUUCUCUCUACAAAAUAGGCUGUCCCUGCUUUUCUGCGUCUUCCCAGCCAUUCGCUCCACCAUAUUCUGGCUUUCCAGAUUUUUGUCUUUGUUUUUUCAGCACAAAGUCGUGCACACGACAUGGAAAGGGAAGGUUGCCCAUCGUUGCUCGGGUCCAACAGCAACAACGGUCAUCACUUCUCACGUUUCAGAUCCCCGUAACCAGUGCACCUCGCCUGCGCUCGGUCGUGUAGCGUGCACACCACAACGAUGAACAGAUGUAAAAUGCAGGACAGACUGUGUAGGGGUUUCUCAUGUCUUGUAGUCUGAAGUGUAAAUGCGAAAGGUGGAGCUAUCUGAGGCAGCUUGUUGCGAUCCGUUCAGAUGUUAACCAGGUGUGUUCACCUCUGUUGAGACGUUUAGAAACACAACCAGCUGCUCACAGAGAUGAAGACCUCCAACAUGGCCGGCAGGUGAAGUGUGACGUCACCUGAAAGGGCUCUGUCGCUCUGAUGUGGUAAACUCCACCCCUCUGGCUUUCCAUGGGGAUAAAACCAAGCAUUCAUAGUUACUAGAUAGUGGCGCUUCACUCACAUGUGGCUGCUUCGUCUUCAUUUUGCCUCUGAGACCAAGAACCUGGUGUAACACCUGCUCUCUGUUGUGUACAUUUACAUUUUACCUGUUUUAGACUUUCAGCUGACACAUUUUAACGAGAGCAUCAUAUAACGUGUGCAGCAGCGAUGUAGUCUGAUCCUGAAAAGUCUUUUUUGUGUGUGAGCAACUUGAAGAAAUAACUUCCUCAGUGAUAAUACAGUGUGGGGAACAUUUAACCUGCAUGCUCUACUCUCAGAUAUCAAACAGAAAACAGGGUUAAACUCUUUACAUUUUAUUAUUCUUGUUACAGUAGCUAUAUUUUUUAUUCUACUUUUGCCUGACAACUUUAUGUAAUAGGCUUGAUUUCACCAUUGUGAUGUGAGAUGACAGAAUGGUUCUUGGUCUCCAUGAAAUAUCUCCUCUCACUUUACAAAAAAAAAAAAAAAAAAAAAAAAAAACAUUGCUCUAUGGUCGACAAUAUUCAUGCCAGCUUUUCUGUAGAAUAAGUCUAAUUUGAUGCAGCUGCACAUCUGGAAUCUUUAUUGCAGAUGGUAAUGAAUUACACUAAUUAAAGUUGUUCCAUAAUAUGUGAAUACAUAGGAAGCACCUAAACCUGAUCAUAUUCUUCGUUAGAUUUAGUCUUUAUUGCAGAAACUAACAAGACAUUAGUGUCUAUAGAUCUUUAAGUAUAAACCAGUGUAUUCCUAAAAGAAUAUUUAGGAAGGUAAAUUUUGAGAUCCUUGUGGCCUCCAGUCGUAUAAUGCAACGUUAACCAAAACUGCUAACAGCCCCAAAACGACCUCUUACUACAAUGCAACGUAAAAUCAGAUUGUUAAGUGAUAUUAUGUUUUGUAGCAUGAUGCCUUGUGUUGUCAUCGUCACGCUUACGUCAGAAGAGAAGCUUCUUUUACGCCCGCCGUCAGCUUUAAAUCAACAUGGAAAUGAGUACUUUAGAGGUAUGUGUUAAAGAUAAUCACACAGCCAAACACGGCCCUCCUUCUUCUUAUUAUUUGUUGGCGUUGAAAUCGAAAAUUCAGACCAGCUUUAUUGUUACAUUACUGUACAUGCUAUUUAUAACGAUUUCCCUCUCUCCUCUGCCUUCCCUGUACCUCCUCUCUUCCUCUGUCCCUCUCUCCUCCUCAUUAGAUAAGUAAGACUUUGGUACAUUUUGUGAAUGUGAGCAUCCACGACAAACAAAAACAAAAGCAAACAAAAAAAAAAGAAAUAGAAAAAAAAAAGAAAAAAAUGAACAAAAACUGAAUUAAUCUUAUCUUACGUGUGUGCUUAAUGUUCAGAUCUCUCUUGAGUACGUGCGUAAUAGAAAACAGCAAUAUGUAAACAGUGUACCUAUCUCUGUGUGGAAGUGGUUCCUGUGUUAACGUCGACUCUCCACGCUGUCAGCACACCGAUACAGAGAGACGAGCCCACUCGCUCUGAGCUGCCGGAGCCUCCUGCCGACGAGGUGCAGAUGCCCCAACAACAAACCAAUCAUCAGACUCAUCAGACAUCAGAGCCUGUGAAAUUUUUGAAUCCACUGUGGCCGCUCGAUGCUAAAAUUCACCUCCCAGCCCUAGUCUUCGUGUCUCUGGAUGCAAAACGAGGUCUGGCGAAGUGAAGGACUAGCGAAUCGAACUUUUGUCGGCGAUUAGCAUUUCUGCCUCAUCUCCAGGUCGAGACUCUGCAGCCUCAGCUCUGUGGCUGCUCCUGCACUGUUUUAGCCAACACACCGCUCUGGGUACUGUUCUGUUUCAUACCACAAUCACUCACACACACACACACGCACACACACACACACACACACACACACAGAGCUUAUGUAGAAAGUACAGUGACGCUGAAAUGUGUCUCAACCCGCACUCUAAAUCAGAAGGCAGGGUGGACAGUCCAGAGAAGCCAACAUUUUGUUGGGUGGUCCGACGCCAAAUUCAUUGCAGUUCAAUGGAAAGUAAAUAACAAACACAGGAACGUGUCGUCUUACAGAGUGUGGGAGUUUUCUUACUCUCCUAAUGACAAAAAUAAAUUAUCAACUAUCUGUGGCAGGCACCAUUACUUACCCAUCAUAGAUGGUUAAAUCUAAAACAUUUGCUGUUUUUACCCACAGCUCUUUUUAUAUUUGGAUCAGCCGCUCUUCAUCCUUCACCGCCACAUUCACAAGUUCAUCAGUUUCCAAGCUAACGAUUUUUAUAAAUUUAGCAGCACCACUGGCAACACUUUGUAACUUUAAUUGUGCCAGAGAAACGGUAGCAAACGCUCAGUGGGAAAGUAAUGACAAAUGAAUCCAGAGGCAGCGUGGGUAUCGGCGUUCUGCGCAUUGGCGUGAAAUGGACGGGUUCCCAAAAUGUGCAGAUCGUAGGGGGCCGACCGCCUCUCAAAACGUUUGAACAACACGUCUAGUUUGAGCGGUGUGGGCAUGAAAUGAAACAUGAUUCAGCGACUACAAGGCUUAUGCCUCACAUGAAAUCAGUUCAGAAACCAGUUGUGAUGGUUUAUUUUGGAGACGUGAGAAAGCUACUGGCUGCCAAGUGGUUUCCGGGUUAAAAUCUAGGGAGUAAAUAGGGAAACUGCCAGGACACAGAGAAGGCACAACCAACAGUGGACCAAGAAGUUAAUUAUUUGGCGUACCGGGGCGUCCCGUGUUGUUGACACACAAGUUGCCAAAGUUUCAGAGCCUGGCGACUCCUGGUGAUGAAUAUAGCUCAACUCAUCAGUGUUCCUCCUGAUGCUCAUUGCGUUGGCAGCCUAACCAGCCAUUUCAGUUCCAUCCACUACCUCCCGAACCAGGAUGCGGUUUGAGACACAUCCUCAAUGUCCAGAUCGCUCAGCCAGUUCAACUCAACAGUGUGUGUGUGUUGAUUUAAUGCUUAGCAUCAGUAGCUAGCUGUAUUCACCCUGCUGCUCCCUCCUCACUCGACCUGAAGAGCCUGGCGAACAAAAGAAACACAUUGUGCUGUAUGUCCGUCCAUGAUAACUGGCACAGGAAACAUGUAGCUAUACAAAGGCGUUGUUUUAGCACGCUGCUCAUUGCUAAAAGCACCACAAAGCUGGUAUAUCUGCUCAGAGCCACGCUCGGUCUUUUUUAAUCAAUUUGAAGCUCGUGGACCACAGUGAUGGUGGAAGUAUGUGUUUGUACAGUAAACGUACAGUACAGUCAAAAUGUCCCAGUGGAGCCUAUGUUGAUUUGAGCAUAGUAUUCUGUGUAGUGUGGAGCAAUCUCCGGUUUGGCCGCUAAGUGUCACUAGUGAGUCACCUGCUCAUCUCACGAUGAACAAGACGCUUCAUAAACUCCCCCUCUCCUCCAUUGCUGCAAAAAUGUCCCAUCGUGACGAGUCAUUUAAUCUCAGAUUCAGGGUUGAGAACUUGUUUUACCUGAGAAAGGUGAAAAACCUGCCAGUGGGACCUUGUUUUAAGAAAAACAAGAUUUUAACUCUGAAUAUGAGAGUAAAUUUUAAGAUGGAAAUUUGUUGCAGUGCUUCCAGAUUCUCCUUUAAAUUGUUUUUCAUCUGAAAGCAUUUAUCAUCAAACAGUGUACACGUCUGAGAAUAUAAUAUUGCGAGCUCAUAGAAAACUAACUCAGCACCAGUUUACACACUAGUCGUUUUAACAUUAACUCUCUCUCAAGUCUUAAAAAUAUAGCCUAUAUUUUGGUAACUUCACUAAGUGUACUUUUUGUUUUCGGGUUUUUGUAGUGCGUACUACCGUGUUAUUACCGUGUGCUCGGUUCUAGUCCAUGCGUGUCGAACAUGAAGUGUGUGAAGCUGAUGGACGUACAGGGGGAAACAGGGAGAACAAGUGUUGGACUUCAUCAUCACACACACUCACUGCAUGCUCUCUCUCUCUCUCUCUGGAUCUUUCUCUCUCAGUAUUUUCUGAUUUGUUUUUAAUUCAACGACAAUGUAUCUUCUCAUCAGCAUGGAAAUGCUUCUAAUAAUAACAGUGACAACUCUAUGAAUAUAAUAAAGAAUUUGAUGUUGUUUUUUA